CAUGGCCCGUCCAAGGAAGGCCAUUCCUGGUCAACAAAGCAGCUGCUUGCAUCCUCAACCAUCCUGAUGGAGAGAUCAUCAUGAACUCGCGCCAUCUGAGCCCCAGUGGAUUUGACACCCCCUAGCUCGUUAUAAUUUAGUGUAGUGUAGAUUAACAUAUACUAUGUUUGGGAUACUGCAUGACAGAUCGAUCCCGACGGGUGCAAUAAUGCUGCUCGGUAUAUUACCUAUCGUGCCUCAGCUGUUUCCUUGUCUAGAUUUUUCUGAAAUUCUUUUUGGCGUUUUCGACAUCCUUUCUGCAGCAUCCCUCGGCAUACCGCUCUCUUGGUUUGUUCCUCCUCACAUACAGAGUAUACCCGACUUUCUAUACCCAUCGACGCCCUGUUUUGUUUCUUGCUGCAGCUUAUACAUUACAUCCCGAGGAGCCUCGUCUUAUGAAAGCCCGAGUUCGUCUUCAGCCACUCGAGCAGCCAGCAAUACCACGUUAUCAAGAAUCUUUUUGCGUACCUCGACCAGUGAAUCUUUCUGGGCGUCUUUUCACUGUUGUUGGCUAGCUGGCGUCGUUCAUUCGAUUGUAGGCCGACAUAGAGUACAUCGCUACACCUAUUAAUCAUCCAUCCAUCCAUCCAUCCGUUCAUUUCUUCCAUUUCGUGUUCACCAUCCCCUGUUCAUGGGGCUUCGCUUUAUUGCUCGAGAGUUUUAUUCGAGAGUUUAAUGAGACAUUGGACCUGCAUACAGUACUCGUGAAUAUCCGCCUACACGCCGAGGCGCAUUAUCACAACUUGGCCUGGCAACGUCG